AUGACGGCGUCCUUGACGAUGCGGGACAAAAAGUAUCGUCUCCAGAACAGCUGCGAAGUUAGAGACGUGUCGAAGAAUGGCUUGCGGACAUCGUCGGAUUCCAACGAGACGGCGCCUGUCAGGUUCAACAAAAUCUUCGCAAACGGAACAUCGUUGCCCUACGACUUCGACGACAGCACACCAUUCGACUACGACGGGAGCGAAGACUCUCAUCAAAACCAUUCUCUACAAUCAGCUGAGACAUCGGGGAGCUCCGGGGCGGACGGCUCCGAGUUGAUAUCGGACUUCAUCCGGAGUAAGGAUUUGGACGCCAAACUUCCCGAUAGACCCAGUUACCACGUGGAGCUCGUCGAGGAGAACGAUCGUGAAAUACCACAGAAAAUCCUGAGGGUUACGGCUCCGGACGGUGUCGUCGGACCCGUGGUGUACUCAAUGGAAGGACCUGAAAUCAAUUCGUACAACGGCCGCCAGGAAGACCGGAAAUUUUCAAUCAACACUACCACGGGUGAAGUGUUUGUACUCCGGGCACUAGACAGGGAUUUUCCCUACGGUCAAGCGGAUUACUCGUUCACGGUAUUUGCCGAGGACGCCCAAACGAGAGAAAAGCUCGGCAGCGCGAACGUGUAUGUGACGCUCAAAGAUUUGAAUGACAAUGCCCCUUUCUUCUCACAACACAUGUAUCAAGGCAGCGUCAAAGAAAACGCGCCACUAGGAACCCCAAUCCUGCUCAAUAUGAGAGCCCAAGACUACGACGAUCCCCACGAAGGCACAAACGCUCGUAUUACGUAUUCCAUAGAACAGAAUCAGGUGAAUGACAAUGGGGAACUCAUUUUUCGAAUCGACGAACACACGGGCACCAUCUCCACUUCCGUAUGCUGUCUCGAUAGGGAGCGAAGUGCAGGCUACGUGAUAAAGGUUGUGGCUAUGGACGGAGAUCCCUCGCACAAAACAACGGCCACCGCCAGCAUUCAGAUUCUCGAUGAGAACGACAUGAGCCCGCAGUUCAUCAAGAAAGAAUGGGUGCUGGAUAUUGAUGAAACGGACGGUGACGCCGAUCUCCCGUCACCGUCGAUCCUCGACGUCAGCGUCACCGACGGAGACUCGCCGGAGACGAAUGUUUUUCGCUACAAAGUCGUCGAGAACGCAUUUGGGGCGGAUAAGUUCGAGAUCGUCACCAACGCUGAUGGCUCGGGCUCUUUAAAAAUCAUCAAGGAGCUGGAUUACGAGGUUGCCUCCCAGCGGAACGGUUUCAACCUCACCAUCCUCGUGUCCGACGACGGGAAUGUUCAGGGUUCUGACCCACGUCACCUGGACUACGCAAAGGUUCAAAUUCGUAUUCGGGACAUCAACGACAAUAGUCCGAAAUUCCAAAAUCAGCACAUUCAAGUCUCGGUGCCAGAAGACACCAGAGUGGGAUCCGUCGUUGCGACGUUUCGGGCAACGGAUCUCGACGCUGCGGGACAAAGCCGUGUGGUGUACGCGAUAGAGAAAUCUUCCGAUCGACGACGUCACUUCAGAAUAUCCCAAAACACCGGGAUCGUAACACUCCAGCGACCAUUGGAUCGGGAGAGGUCUCCGCGGCAUCACGUACGUGUGACGGCGACCGACGAUGGAAUUCCUCCGCGGACCUCCACGGCCACCUUAACUCUGAUCCUAUCGGACGUCAAUGAUUGUGAGCCCCGCCUCAGACAAGAUUACAAACCCGUGGUUCCCGAGCAUCAGGGGGCGAUGAAGGUCCAAGACAUCGAGGCGGUCGACGACGACGAGGCAAUCAACGGGCCGCCAUUCCUCUUCUGGAUAGAUCCGCAGGCACCGGAGAGCAUCAAGAAAGCGUUCCGGCUCGAAGUCAACCCAAAUGGAAACGGCAGCGCGGUCGUGUACUCGAGGCACGCGUUUGACCGGGAACAGAAAACCUACGCGGUCCCUAUUCUCAUCAAGGAUUCUGGUACGCCACCGCUCACCGGCACCAGCACGUUGACGGUCACGAUCGGGGACAAAAACGAUCAUAGGAUGUUCCCAGGCUCCAAGCGCAUACUUGUCUACUCGCUCAGAGGAUCGAGGGGAAUGUUCACCGUCGGCAGGGUCCACGUCGAAGACGCCGACGAUUGGGACUUCAACGAUAAAUCGUACUUCUGGGAGAACAAUGUGGCGCAUCCGAAUUUCAAUCUGGAUCAAUCUUCGGGCGAGAUAGUUCUUCGGAACGCUACUCCAGGCUCUUACUUUUUGAAAUUUCUCGUCUACGAUCGAUAUCACACGAUGGAGGUCGGAGCCAACGUGACCGUUGUGGUGAGGGAAAUCUCCGAAGAGGACGCUCGCCACGGAGCAUCGAUACGUUUCUCGGGCGUGCUGGAUGAAGAUCUCGUGCGCGUGUGGCUUCAACAGACUCAACAGGUUCAGGUGCAGAAGCUCGAAGUGCUCCGCGAGGUCUUGGCGGAUUUAGUGAAGGCCGAUGUGAAUAAUGUCCAUAUCUUCUCUGUGAUUCAACGGCAGCUGAAACCGGUGCCAAUUACCGAAGUGUGGUAUUUCGUGCGGUCGACCGAGGACGAAUACUUACGGCCGGAGAUGCUGAAUGGCUUCGUCGAGAUGAAUCGUCAGGCUCUCAGCCGAAAGCUGAGCCUGGAUAUCCUCGAGGUGGGAGUGAACGAAUGCCUUCCGGAAGCGGCGACCGAUACGGAAGACAUUUGCGACCAAGAAAGCUGCACAAACCACUUAGUUCUCGCGGACGACAGCCACAUUGUUGUCAACGCGAACCGUACGGCGUUCGUGGGCGUUAACGUGACGAGCGUCGCCAAAUGUGAAUGUGGGGCGCGCCUGGCCCACCCGGGCGCUGGGCAAAAAUGCACCCGGCACAGCUGUGGCGGCCGGGGUAGGUGUGUUCAGGACGACAACGCGAUCCAUUGUGAGUGCCCUCCCGGAUUUAACGGGGCCAACUGCGAGCAAACGACGCGAUCUUUCCGUGGAGACGGCUUCGCUUGGUUCAGCCCCAUCGACAGUUGCGAACAGCUUCACCUAUCGCUCGAGUUCAAAACCUCCAACGAAAACGGCUUGUUGCUAUACGCCGGACCGCUAAGAGCGGAUAGCGAGGCGAAUCUCAGGGAAGUGUUGGCCCUAGAGUUGACCGAGGGCAAACUCCGUCUAGUGUUCGGUGUCGGAAGCGGGACGACCGAGGUGACAGUGGAUAGCGAGGAGAGUCUCGCUAACGAACUCUGGCACCGCGUGGAUGUUUUUAUGAAUAGCCAGAGCAGCCAGUUGAUGGUUGACUUGUGCGGUGACGGUGGCCGGAAGUUCAGCUCCGUGGGGUCCUCUUUUCCGCUCCCGCAUAAGGCGACCGCUACGCACUCGUCCCUGCCGACGGCCCCGUCACUGCUCAACGUCAAGUAUCCCAUCCAGCUGGGAGGAGCUUUCGUCACCACGAAGGACAAAGCUGGCCCCACCACCAACAGCCGCCAUCAUCAACACGUUAUCAGCACCAACAACAAAAAUCCCGAAAAGAAGCACAACGACUUGAACGAAUUCUACAGUAAACUCGGAUGGAAACACCGACCCGAUCUUUCGAAAUCCUUCACGGGCUGCAUACGACACGUGGUCGUCAACUCGCAACUGGUCGACCUUGAAAACCCAGCGUAUUCGCUCAAUAGCCGAAGCGGUUGUCCGUCAGACGAGCCUUCGUGCGCACAAUUGCGCUGCGUUCACGGAAUCUGUGACAAAUCCGGAACGAAAGGCGCGGCUUGCGUCUGUCAGCCGGGCUGGUGGGGCACGCGUUGUGCGCAGGAAACGCCUUCGCGGAUGCUUCAGCAGGCGUCGUUCAUCAAAUUCGCGCUCAACUUCGACCCCGAUCCAUUCCGGACAGACGUUCAGAUGCAGUUUCGCAGCCGGCAAUCGGGGGGUGAACUCAUCAGUUUCGCUCCAAAACAGAACACACGCGAAUACGCCCUGCUAGAAAUCGUCGAGCGGAAACUGCGAUUCCGUUUCAACCUGGAGCGCGUGGCGGUGCGAGAAAAGAUAUUGCAUCUCGACGCCAUACGGGUCGACGAUGGCCGAUGGCAUACGGUGAGAGUGCGACGUUUCGGGUGUUUUGUGUACAUGCAGCUCGAUCAAGGUCAGGGAGCGUCACACGUCGAGCUCGUGGACGAGCUCGAUUGCUCGAACCGGCUGCUUUACGUAGACAGGCAAAGGGUCGUGGUCGGCGGGAGCGUUCGAUACACCCACGGCAGCGUGGUCACGGUCGACAACGAUCUCAACUCGACUUGUGUGCGUGACAUACGCAUCGAGGGACGCCUACUCUCCCUGGAAGCGUCGAGCGAAUCGAAUUCGUUUGCUCCUCCGGCGGGCUAUGUCCUCGAAGCACGUAACGUCAUACGGGGUUGUCCUUCGAACAAUCCUUGCCACGGCGUUAUCUGCAAGAGUCCAUUUAUGUGCAUCGAUCAAUGGAAUGAGCACGCAUGCAGAUGUCCACCCGGUUUCCGUCAAUCAGGACCGUUCAACUGCACAGAUCUCGAUGAGUGCGAAGCGUCGUUCCCCUGCCUGAACGGUGGCCUCUGUGUUAACAGACCCAACGGACGAGGUUUCAGCUGUACUUGUACAUCCCGUUUUCGAGGCGAAACCUGCGCGGAACCGAUGCCUGUCGAGCAGAUGUACAGCUUUAAUAUGGCGGCCGUAUCAGCUGUAAUUGUGUGUGCACUCAAUCUCCUAGUGCUCCUUUUGAUUAUCGCUGCGUAUCUCCGGUCACGUCGACCCAAAACCUCGGACCAGCAAACGAAAACGAAAGACGACAAAAAAUCAGGCGAACAUCCAGAGAUACGCGAGACCAUCAUCGCAUACCACGACGAAGGGGGUGGCGAAGACGACGUGCGAUCGUUUGACAUCUCGCAACUCCGUAUCCCGAUGGAAGAGGAGCAAAGGAACCAACACCAAAUGGAUGUUUUGCAAACAACCGUUAGGUCGCCGAUCCGCAACGACGGCCCUCCGCCUUCCGCGUACACAAUGUCAUCGUCUCAGGCUUCUCACGGUCCUGUUCUGCUGAGCCACGCGUUGGUGCUGGAACAACCGCAGAUCAUUGUUGAAGCUCAGGGCGUGAGCGGGAACUAUCCGUACGAGACGCGCGCAAUGCCGAUCGCGUCAAUCAAUCCGGAGAGCAUCUUGAGAACGGGCUCCAUGCAGAGGAACCCGCAGUCGCUCAAAACUUUCAACGCGGAACGACAUUCCACUUGGAGUGGUCAUUAG